UCAAACCGAGGAGAAUGUCGGAGCGACCCCAAAGCCCUACUUCGGAGUGCAACAGCCGGCCUGAUGACUUCAGCCGGGCCAUGUACGCCCAGGCCUUGAGUCAAGAGGGGUUUGGAGGAGCGUCGCUCCAGAUCCCACACGGCGUUCUACAACAUCAUAGUCUUCUCUUCAACAAGGCCGCAUAUAAUGGGAUGCCUCCAACAACCAAUCAAACACUUUUGCCGUUCCCACCGGGCGCUGGUGACUAUAGGGCCUCCGACUUGCAAGCCGGUGACUUUUGCCAACCCAAACACUGGUGUCCUAUCGCCGCUCCGGAGUACACCGGCCAAGUAGCAGGGGUCGCAGCGCCUACCCACCUCACAAACCUGAGGCCACCUAACACCGAAACCAGGGAACAAGUCAAGAUGUCCGAAAUAAAGCUUGAGAAGGAUGCCAAUGACGAGUAUGGGCAAAAGAUUCAACAUUAUCCAACUCCACCUUCCUCUGCUGUAGCUCACGGGGUUUACUACUCGACCCCAUGGAAUUCGUCGUUUUGGCCCGGCUUUCCCCACAUCACGGCUGCGAACACCAAUACUCAAAACCUCAAUUCCAUACCCUCAACAUCGUCUUCAUCGUCCCCAUCUCUCUCGCCCUCACCCCCCAGUAACGGGUUACCCGGGGUCACGUUCUUCAACGGGAGCGCAAGCCAAACUGCCCAAGCGCCGCAAGCGCAAACCUCUACCCGGAGCAGUGGUUCCUCCAGCGGUGGGUGCAGUGACUCGGAGGAAGAGGAGAACCUUUCGACUGAGGAGCUGGAACAGUUUGCCAAGGAGCUGAAGCACAAGCGUAUAACUCUGGGUUUCACACAAGCAGAUGUAGGCCUGGCCCUAGGCAACCUUUAUGGCAAGAUGUUCAGCCAGACUACAAUUUGCCGCUUUGAAGCGCUCCAGCUUAGCUUCAAGAACAUGUGCAAGCUGAAGCCCCUGCUCCGCAGAUGGCUGAAUGAGGCUGAGACCUCGGACAACCCCCAAGAUAUGUACAAGAUCGAGCGGGUAUUUGUGGACACCAGGAAGAGGAAGCGGAGGACCAGUCUCGAGGGAUCGGUGCGCACGGCUCUGGAGUCCUACUUUGUCAAGUGUCCCAAACCGAACACCCAGGAGAUCACACACAUUGCUGAUGACCUGUGUCUGGAGAGAGAUGUGGUGCGUGUGUGGUUCUGUAACCGCAGACAGAAGGGCAAGCGCCUGGCCCUCCCCUUCGAUGAGGAGUGUGAAGGACAGUACUAUGAGCAGAGCCUCCCUCCCCCGCACAUGGCUCACGCACCCCUCCCUGGGCAGGGGUACUCUCUCUCCGGGGGCCCCACCUUCUACAUGCCCCCCCUCCAGAGGCCAGAUGUCUUUAAGCAGGCCCUGCACCCUGGACUGGUGGGUCACCUGACAAGCUAAACCGGUUCCAGUUCUCCAAACCAGCCCUGGCCAUAUGGCCACCUCUUCUCUUCCCCACCCAACAUGGCUACCUCUCUUUAGUCCUCCAGUCCCGACCCAACAUGUUGUCCUCCAUAUGCAGUUCGAACACACCCUAGUCCCUCUGGA